AUGUCGGACAGCGAUCGCGAGACCAAGCCCUUCAAGUUCGUCACUGGUGUCGACGCCCGUUUCCCCAACAUGAACCAGACCAAGCACUGCUGGCAGAACUACGUCGACUACCACAAGUGCAUCCUCGCCAAGGGUGAGGACUUUGCUCCUUGCCGUCAGUUCUGGCUGGCCUACCGAUCCCUGUGCCCCAGCGGAUGGUACCAGCGAUGGGAUGAGCAGAGAGAGGCCGGAAACUUCCCUGCGCGCUUGGAGUAA